GCACAUAUGUGAUUAGUCCCAAGUUCGCAUGAUCAUCAAAAGUGUUUCCGCAAAAAAUGAAAGUGUCAUAUUUUUCAAUUAUUAACUAAAUCCAUGAACCUCUCAGGUUUAAUUAAUCCUCCAAUUUUUAAUUUUUCCUCAAAGAUUUAUCGGUUUUCUCCCUUAUUUGAAGAACCCUAUUGUAAUUAAAUAAAUGGGACAGAUCACGUGCAUUUGCGGUCUAUUAUGGCCGUUAUAGUUAUGUGAAUUGCUCCACCUUUUCAUUGUCAACUCCCAGGAUUAGGGCCUGUGUGCGCUCCAUUUUUGUCAUGUGUCGGUGGUACCAUAUCCGAUUAUCUUCCACCAUCGUAUCGAAAUUUAUUUUCGGAAAGAUAUGAACAGACAAUUAAUGUUCAGUUUCUACGAAUAAGAAGGAAAAGCCAUGGAAAUUCCUCAGGGAGUGAGUAAUAGUCGAAGAAGUCGUAAAACUCAAGCGUGGUUGGACGAACAUGGCGAUAAAGGGGACGAUAUCAUAUGCAUUGAGGGUGUGGAUGGACUGGUGACGCGAAAUUUGCUGAAGAAUGCAGAGCGAUUCGAUGAAAAAGACAAUUUAUCAGCGGGAACAUUGAUAUGGGGAUACUGCAGGGGAUGGUGGCCAGCAUUAGUGGUAUCCUCUGAAGACUUGAAAAAUAUUGGAAAUCCCAAGAAAGUAUGGGUUUUUUGGUUGAUCGAUUCAAAAGUGUCUCAGCUAAAGAGGACAUCCCAAGUGAUUAUAUUCUGUAAUGGUGCCAAAGAACGAUUGAUGACAAUCAUGAAUAAAAUGAAAGCUUUCGAUAAUGUGUUUAUGGAAAUUAUGGAGAUUCUCGGAAAUCGAAUAGGAUGCGCUUUUAAAGAGCCUUACAGUGUGUGGAUAGAAAAUUAUUUCGUGACUUUGACAAAUUAUAAGGAGCAUUUGAAGUUCUACCCGUAUCCAUCUCGAGUGAUAGAAUAUUUAGACACGUUCAGAGGAGCCCAUUCACAACCAAUGAAGGUAAUACCUCCAGUGGACCGCAAAAGCUCUGUUAAAAAACACCACCAGCACCCUGACAAACCCCUCAGGCGAGAGAAUCCGAAUCAUUUACAUGUUAAGUAUCAAAAAAUUGGGUUUAUCGUGUGGGCGAAGAUUCCGGGGCAAAUUUGGUGGCCGGCAAUGAUCGUUGAUUUCCGAGACUGUGCAAUGAAGGAACCAAAGGUGGAAUUCCAAUGGGUAAUGUGGUAUGGAGAUUAUACGUUAUCCCAAGUUAAUUACAAAGAUUUCAUGAAAUUCGAUUUGGGGAUUAAAAAAUUUGAGGACAAUAUAAGGGACUCGAAGAGAGAAGUCUACAAGCGAGGAAUUUUGGAGGCUUGCAAGGACUAUUGUACCUUAUUUGGCUGUCAAACAGAUAACUGGAGUAUGAACGAUGUUUUUAAUUGGUUCGGCCAAUGUCGAGACAGUGAUGGGGCCAUUGAAUCAACUCAUCGAUUGCGGAAUCAUUUGAACAGCGAGAAUACUAAAUACUCGUCGAAAAUUCAGAUGGAAUUGCUGAAUCACAUUAGUAAAAGUAGCGAUGCAGCUGUUCGAGAGCAUAAACUUCAAAAUUCUGGGAUAUCAUGUGCAAUUAGUUCGGACUCUGCAGACAUUCAAAAAUCGGUUUGCAUCAUGUGUCUAGAGGUGAGGAAAGGAAAGAUGCAUGAACAUCCAUUUUUCGACGCAUUGUUAUGUGCAAAUUGUUUGAUCCAUCACAAAUCAACAGUAUUUGCCUAUGAUGAUGAUGGAAAAUGUUUCUUCUGUGCUAUCUGCACUAUUUCGGAUACAGUAAUCGUAUGUGAUAAUAGCGAAUGCUGCAGAGCAUACUGCACUGCCUGUUUGAAGUAUUUAAUCGCUCCUACUUCUUAUGAUGGAAUCCUUAAAAAUCAACUGUGGAGUUGUAUUCUCUGCAGAGAAUUAUCCAAUUCACCGAUAAAACCCAGAGCCGACUGGAAGAUUAAAAUUCAGAGAAUGUUCUCCAUUAAUCGUUAUCCUGUUUCCCACUACCUUCAAUAUUAUGAAAAACCGAAGAAGAGGAUUCGAGUUUUAUCUCUAUUCGAUGGCAUCAGCACUGGUCUAUUGGGACUGCAACGUCUCGGCUUCGAAGUCGAGGCUUAUUUCGCCAGUGAAGUAGAUCCAGAUGCCGAAACAGUGAGCAAAGUUCACUUCGGUACGACAGUAACACGUUUGGGAGACGUCAGGAAUAUCACCGUGGAGAUCUUGAAUGAAUUACUGCCUAUUGAUUUGCUGAUCGGAGGUUCGCCCUGCAAUGAUUUAAGUUUGGUCAAUCCAAAACGUCGAGGACUGCACGAUCCUAGGGGUACGGGAAUUCUUUUCUUCGAAUACUGUCGAAUUAAAAAUCUAAUUGCGAAGGGAGAUGACAGAAAUCUGUUCUGGUUGUACGAAAAUGUUGCGUCGAUGCCGGAUGAGUACAAGAAGGAGAUAAAUACGAAGUUGGGGUGCGAACCUGAUCUCAUCGACUCUGCAGAAUUUUCCCCUCAGCACAGACCGCGUUAUUACUGGACGAACAUCCCCUUGGCUCAUUACACCCCUUCGGGCAUCGAUCUUCAAGAUGUCCUGAUACCGAACCUCAAUCGACAUGCUUUAGUCAAAAAAAUUCGUACUGUAACUACGCAAUUAAAGUCCUUGAAACAGGGCUCGAGGGCCAUGAAGCCAGUCAUAAUGGAUGAAGCAUACGAUUGUCUGUGGACAACGGAAUUGGAGGAAAUCUUUGGAUUACCACGACAUUACACCGACGUGAAGAAUCUAAGCGCAACCAAGCGACAGAAAUUGAUAGGUCAAGCUUGGUGUGUGAGAACUAUUUGCGAGAUUUUAAAGCCCUUGAGAAAUUAUUUUGUAUUGAAUGACGAUCCUAAUCUAUCAAUCUGAAUAAAGUGAAAAUUCAUUGCUUUCUGAACUGAUGAAAAAAAUUUAAUUAAAAACGAGUGUUCCAAAGCUGAACGAGUGUCUGAUAUUCAAGUGAAAAUCAUUAAAAAAAAUAAGGGUCAUUGGUAUUCUCAGGGCUCCACUAUGCUUGCAGGUGUGCUGCAGGUUCCAUCCGUCGCAUACAGAGCUUAUGAUGCAUAUUAUUUAUUUAACAAUAACUGAGAAACUAACAAAAAAAUUUAGGCUCAGUACAAAUGGGUACAAACCUAGUACAAACAGCAGAAUUAGUUUAUUUUUCAAAAACCAAUCACCUCUCGGCUAUUUACAGACCAGUUUUUUGUCGCCUCUUGAAUAACUUCAUACAAAUUUAUACCCACAAAAUCCGUCUGAACUACUACUGAGGAGUUACCGACUCAGCCAGGUUCCCAGGAUGUUCCUGUGGCGCCUUCUCUGUUCUGGGGUUAAGUACUACUUUACUGCUGAUGUCAGUCGAACUCCCAGAACCCCCAGAACUGAGCCUCUGCUUUAACCCAUCCUCUUUGCAUCAAUCCAACGGUAUUUUCAAUGAUCUAAUUUCAAUUUCUGACACAAAGUGUCACAUUGCAUGAAAUUCACGAGCUCAUUUAAAAAAAUGAAGGACACUAGUACCUCCAAUCACCAGACACUGAAACGUUGCACAAUCAUGACAGAGAUUCAACAAGUGGAGGACAGUCUGAAGGACUCCUUGCACAGGGUCGACGUGAUCGAAAGGAAGUUGGAAACUCGACUUUUAACGACUGAGAGUCGAGAAAGACUGGAACGUGAGCUGGAGCUAGUGAAGGGGGUUCUGAA